AUGCCAAAUUUUGAAAAGGGGAUUGAAGUGAGCAACUGCAACAUCCUUUCGGAAACUUCCACCCCCGAAUUUCACCUUUGCACGGGUCGUGGUGACGGCUGUAGCUUUGAAUCUGAACAGCAUCACGCCGCGAAUUCAACUUCUAAAGAAUUGCGACAUUACGACAUGAGCAGCCCCCAAGAAAGUUACGAGGGAGGCCAAGACGACGUAGAAGAAAUGGGCGAAGAUCAUGAGAACGAAGAGCAAUUGUGCUUGGACGAACGUUCAGAAGAGCACGAUGAUGAUGACGAUGAUGAACUUGAUGAUUCAGCUUCUCCCGAUGGAGACUUAGUAAUUGAGGAGACACCAACGCUAGAAGAAGGUUAUGAUGAAGAUGAAGAUGAUGAUGAUGAUGACCAUGAUGACACCCACAGUGAUCCAGUGGAAAAUGCCUCCGAAGUAAAAACAGAGCUGGAGGAGGAAGAAGAAACCCGUAAAAUAGACAACAACAACAGCACUAAUAGUGGUGUUGCUGAAUACCCGGGCACCGUCGUGAACGAAGAGGGUAUUGCAUAUAUCGCUGAACAAGAGGGUGGAACGACUCAUGAUGCGCCACACAUCAUGAGCGCCGAAAAUGGCCAGUAUCCUUACAGCUUUCGAGAAUUUCGAGGUCAUCAAGAAGAAUAUGGCGACGACGACGAUGGUGGCGAGGCGAUUGACUAUUCAAAUUCUGGAAUUACUAGAUCCACCGCUGCUGCUAUUGUGACGACGAAGGCGACGCCGACAAAACAUGUUCAUUACGAUGGCUUUCGUAGUCCAGGUAGAGACAGUCAACCCUCAUCUGCUACGGAUUCGGGGGAUGAAGACUGUGAAGAUGACUAUGAGGAGGAGUUGGAAACUAUUGCACGCAACUACCAAGCAGAACAAAUGGCUUUGGCGAGAAGUCGGACGGCAGGAAUAGCACGAAUUAACCAUGCGGGGGACGAUGACGACGAUGACGACGAGGAGGAAGAUGAGGAAGAGGAGGAGGGAGGACAACCCCCUCCAUUAUAUUUGUGCGAAGGGGGGAAAUCAAACCACAGCAGCAACAGCGACGGACCAAAUAUGAAUAAAGGUGACAAAAAGGUGAAAGCGGGGGAUGAAAACGAAGAGACAGCUUCAACAGAGGAGACGGACACGGAAGAAUGUGAGAAGCCGAAAUCCUCAAAUAUGGAGAUUGCCACUGGGGAAGGAGGAUACCAGCAGCAACAAUCACGACUUUUUCACGGCUCCUCUUCUGCAGCUGGAUGUCACUUCCCUGAGGAUCGCGUGGCAUACAUUAUGGAUCCUGCAGACGGUGGUCCGAAGCUUAUCAGGUUCCAUGAGUCGUACCCAGACUAUGAGGAUAAGCUCCCCGACUCGUACCACCAUCAGGCAGGGGGCGAGAGGGGAGAUUUAGAAUAUCAACACCAGUUCCAGGGUCACCCAAUAAUAUUCGGUGGUCACACGAGCAACUAUGUUAACCAAGCAGGUGGCUAUUGGUGUUUAGAAGAAGGGUCCAACUCCACCCUCCACAUUGAGCGAGAAGAGGUCGUAGUUUCCGAACCACGUCGGGCUCUACUCCAAGGAGAAAGCAGUGAAAGCGAAAACUCCAACGGCGUCCAGGCCCCGUUUCUGGGAGCAGCAACUGCCCAUAAAGGUGAAGAUGGUGACAUUAACGGCAAUUUUUAUCCCCACAACGGUCUACUGAGGGAAACGACUCUCAUUCCCCCAAGGAUAAAAAAAGAGUCCAUUGUCACCACGAUUAUCGGCGAGAGGGAGAAAGGCAACCUCGCCACGCUUUCUCAAUACCUUGACGACGAGGAGAACAACGCAUCUGGAUUGGACAGCGAGGAAGGCAACGUUCCUCUUCCCUUGACCAGUCCCUCAUCUUCCUCCCCCAAUUCUCCAACCAAGCUGACCAUCAGCAGUAGCAGCAGUGCCCCUUUGCUCUCUGCAUCUGCAGUCGUGCAGCAAACGACGGCUGGAGAGUUUGGACUCAACUCUCCCCCAGCCGCUGGGCUUUUCCAAGAAGGGUACAUUGACCCAGUUCCAAGUGCUCCACCAGAUCCGUACUUUGACAACAUGAACAUGAAUAUGCCCAUUUCUUGCUUCAAGUCUUACUUUCCCCUAAAAUCGGAGAAGAUCUUGGACCCUUCCCCAUAUCAUCAUGGUCCAACUGGCUCCCCACUAGAUUCCCAGUUUCAUCAACAUUCAUCCGACAAUUCACCACACCACCACCAUCACCACCACCAUCAGCACCAACAACUGAGUACUUGCCAGCAGCAGGAAGGGUUAGGUCAGCACACAUUGUCUCAUCAUCCAUUGUCCCAGCAUCCCGAUAUCUUCAAGUCGUACACACAUCUGAUCCCUGAACGGCUCCCGGUUUUUAAUAGUGAAGACAUGAAAGGAAAGUACAAUCAUCAUCCACACCACCACCCACCACACCACUCGCCACCCAACCAUUCAAGUUAUACCCAUCUUCAUGGACAUCUUCACUAUGGGGGACACUCUCUGAGUCGUCCUCCUCACUCGUCGUUUAGUCACCAUGGUCCAGACUUGCCCGGAGAUGAUGGAGAUGACGGAGAUGAUGCUAUGAACGAGGAUGACCGACAUCACGAGGGAGGUAGUGGUGAUCAUGAGAUUAGCCGAGGAGGAGGAGGAAGAGGAAAUCAGAUCGUAGGUAGUCACGACCACACGUCCGUCGACACGAGCUGUGAAAGCCCAGAAGAAGGUGUCGGAAUAACGAAAACCAUUGUGGCGUAUGGAAUGUCUCGCGCAUUGGUAACGUCAAUAAAAAAUAGUUCAUCAACGUCUGCAUCAGAUCCUGGGAACAACUUGGAGAAGGGAAGCGGUGGUCCCAUGGACAUUGUAUCAAUGGCAAUGUCCAGUUCUCACGCCAACUCUGAUUCUGAUGGGUCAACUCCUCCCCGAUCCAGCAGUGUAAGUCAGCAAGACUCCCCAUUUGCUUCCAUUCAUGGUGGUGGAAGUGGUGGCCACAAUAACUACAACGCCAAAGAUUCGAAGUCCAACUCGUCAAAUGCGCCAUCAGGUGCGAGUACCAAUUCACCAAAUUCCAACGGCGACAUGUCAGACCCAUCGGCAAAACCUCCGUAUUCCUACGUUGCCCUCAUAACCAUGGCGAUCAAAGACAGUCCCAACCAGAAAGCUACCCUCUCCGAAAUUUACAACUACAUUAGCAGAAAAUUCCCAUACUUUGAGAACGGCAAUAAAAAGGGCUGGCAAAACAGCAUUCGUCACAAUUUAAGUUUAAACGAGUGUUUCCUGAAGGUCCCACGUGCAGGGGGUGGAGAGCGAAAAGGAAACGAUUGGACUCUGGCUCCCGAUUGUGGCGAAAUGUUUGAAAAUGGAAACUAUCGUCGAAGGAAACGCAUGAAGCAGAGACAACUUUCCAGGUUUCCUCCGUAUUCCAAAAGCUUCCUGGCCGACCACUUCAACUCUCUCCAUGUCCCCAGCAAUUUCAUCGGAGCUCCGGGCUACCGAGGGUCUACGCCGUGGGGACUAUCUGGUAUGCAAGGGUCCCCUCAGUUUCCGUAUUCCUCGUCUGGGGGAGGAGUCACUAGGACGCCGAUUGGAAGUCAAGGGUUGGCGUACUCCCAUAUUGCUGGCCAGUUGCAGAGUCCCUUCAGCCCCAAUGUUCCCUCAUCUGUGAAUUCCUACAACCAGUUUGGAAGUGGAGGCAGCUAUGGUCCCCCACCAUGCAGUGCAUCCUCAAUGUACAACUACUGGACAUCAGCAGAAUCCAAGAAAAAUAUUUAGUAAACCUGACAACUUUCUCUCUCUUUUUCUCUUCCAGUCGUGGCCGAGAUUACUACAUAUUUUCUUCAUUAGAGUAUACUACCUACCUACCUACCUACCUACCUACCUACCUACACACAUGCAUACAUACUACCUCUCAGAAAGCUGGUUAAAGCACAAUUCCAAAGCACAGCAUUUUUUUAGAACUCUGAACAAUCAUGUUCUCAAUGUGCCCCAUUGCCAGAAGACUUCGCAUAGGAUGAUUUAGUGUCAAUUACCCACCCAUCAAUUUCCUAACUUAAUUCACACCUCCGUCAUGAAAUGCCAACAAUGCACGAAAACAUUUUUAUUUUGAGAUUGUAUGUCAAGUUUUUAAAUUAAUGUUUAUUUUUUAAGACUUUAUGUCAUAUUCUUUACUUCAGAUGAUUCCUUUGAGAAUUUAUGCCAAACUUAUUGAUUUUCACUUUGCGUUUUAAGGUAAGGCAAAGAAUUCGGAGUUCUGCGUAGUGGGGGCGGUUUCGGUGCAUUGUUGGGAUUUCAUGUGCGAAUUGAUGGCGGGGUAUAAUUGAUAGGUGUAAAAAUGCACAAUACCUAACACACAGCUUUCUCCAAUCGUGUCAUGCUUUCUUACAAUGUUGUUGGUUGAUUGGUUUGGUCAUAAUAGGAGUCGUCCUCAUCAACACUUAUUCAUCAAUCAAUCAAUCAAUCAAGGCAAGAAUUGAGGGCUGAGUUUACAUUGUGGAAAUUGAAGAAAGCAUUGUUUGUGAUUAAUUGUGUGACUGGCCACUGUUCGGACCAAUGAAAUUAGAGUAGGACAAUGCAGGAUAAUCACCCAGCAACCUCACCUCAGAGAAAAGGUUACUCACAUUUGACACCCUUUUCCUCCUCCCAACCUUGUUCGUUGUGACCUUUCGUCUACGGUUCUAAAUACGUACGCUGCUGCUGCUGCUGCCGUUAUUCAUCGACGUCUGUCAUCCAUCCCCAUACUCCCACUUUGUGCACGAAUAUAUAUAAAUAUGCUGAGAGGCUGUAAUAGUGAAUGUUAAAGUCCAAAUCUAAUCUGGGUCACCAAUAGUAUAAUUAAUUAAUGAUAAAUCAAGUAGGAAGUGUCACAAGUAUUGUUGCAUCUCUCUCUAAACUAUACGUUUCCUGUUCCAUCAUAAUAAUAAGAAUGUUAAACCAUGUCACGUGGAAUAGGACGGGAAUGUAAAGGUCAUUUCCUAUAUGCAUGUUGUUACGCAGGCAUGCCAAUGUACUUAAAAAAUCAUAAAAGCUACUUAUUACAUAUGUGGGAAUGGAGGAGGGUGGAAUGCAAUUUGGAACAAUUUUAUGCUUUUAUUUGUAUUUGUUGUAUGGUUCCUUCGUCCCCGGUGACAGAUUUUAUAUAGAUUUAGUAAGUCCUAGUUUACACAAGAUUAUCACUUUUGCUCAGAACGUUUCCAAACAGUUGAUUCAGGAAAAAUUACAAAAGUAAUUAAUGUGAAAAGGUAUACGUAAAAUGCAUUCGAACAAUCAAUUUAAAGACGUGAAGAAAAGGGUAUACUAUUUACAAAAUGUUUUAUUAUGAUUAUUUUGUGCAAUCAUCGUAACUUUAUGUAUAACUAAAUAAUAAGUAUGUUGUUAACUAAAUAAUUGGGGCAUUUAAUAUUGUGGUGGGCGUUGCACAAGAAUGAAUUUGUAUUUAUUUAUUUUCUUUGUGGUUAACAGAUUCAUUAUUUAUGCUUCUAUUUUUACCAAAUGGAAGUAAAAUUAUUUCAUAUUUUGAAUAUUUCAUUUAUUAGAUUAUAGUAAUCAUUACUUUUGGUAUUAAUUACGAAAUUACUUGUAUGUACAUACAGUGAUCUACUAUGUAGGUACGUGGCACUUAAAUAUAUUUAAUCAUUAUUUUGCAAUUACGAAAAUAUCUACCUAAAUUAUUAUAAAGUCAAGUUGUAACAAACUCGUGAAAUCAUUUAGGUUACAAAUAAAGCCUGUGCGUUGGGUUUUUUCUCGUUAUUUAGUAUUUGUAGCUGUAGUUUAAAUUAACCUAAAGAAUCUCUUAAUAUGAUACGUUGAAAUCUUUUGUAUUAUACCAUUUCCACUUAAAUUUUCGGCUACAGACUAUAAUUACUACAUUGUAAUGUGUUGAGUUGUUGGUGGAUUAGCGACAAAAAAUGUGGUUGAAAAUAAACGUGCUGAAUGUUCAAA